AUGUGUAAUUCGGAAAUCGCCCCAAAAUCCUUAACCAGCAAUUCCGUCAGCACCUCCAUCACCUCUGAGAACUUGAGCAGUGAGCCAAGUCUCAUGUGGAGCCUCACAUAUGAUGGGGAGAACAGCAGUUCAACCGACGGCAAUCAAUUACCUCAGUAUUCGUGGCGAAAGAAGCACGCUACGAACAAGUGUAGUGACGGCGAUUCGCAGAGGAAUACUCCACCUCCCAUCACUGUGGAUAAGGAGAAUGUGGACGCGAGGGAGUUGUUGAGGAGAAAGUAUGAAAUUCUUCAGCAGAUUGCUUUAGAGCAUUCUAAGCUGGCUGGACUAAUGCAUGACGAAGUGGAUCUAACUGGAAUUGAACCCGAGAAUUAUAGGGAAUCAAUGAAGGCCUAUGAAAAGGCAGUCGACGACUUUGAAUGCUUCCAAAUCUUUAUGGAUUCGAUGGUUAUUACAACAAGUCAGGAGUCGGAUGUUACUCCAGGUGAGUCAAAGAUUAUUCGUCAUAUAAUUACUUUAAUGUGA